AUGGCACCAGAUGCAUACCGCACGACUGAUUUUAACCUGUCUUUGGACGAACGCAUUCGCUCCUACCAGGCCAGUGUUGUUGCGGAUCCUAAGUAUAGCGGAUUUGACACACAAAUGCUCCGGGGGGUGGAAUACAUUGGAGCUCACGCAGAGUCCAAAACAACCGUGUUCCAAUUUGAGGUAGCAGACUUCAUGUGCAACAAGGAUGGUGUGCUACAUGGUGGUGCAGCGUCAAUCAUGUUUGACAAUAUUAGCUCAACCUCACUGUUCACAAUCGGGCAGCCUGGCUACUGGGAUAAUUUAGGGGUCAGUCGGUCGCUGUCUAUCUGGUUCCAUCAUCCCAUCCCUGCAGGAGCCAGGAUACGGCUGGUCAAUACUGUGGUCGAUGCAGGGCGGAGGAUGGCGACAGUGCGUUCAAUCAUGAAGUCGCCCGACGGGAAGACCUGCGCUAGCUGCGUGCAUGAGAAGUACUUUAUUCGCCGUACGAGUCUGUAG